AUGAAGGGAGAACGAGAAACUGCUGUGCUGACGCUAGCCUUCUACUGUCUGAGCCCCUGCUGGAGAGAACGAGAAGCUGCUGUGCUGACGCUAGCCUCCUGCUGUCUGGGCCUCUGCUGGAGAGAACGAGAAGCUGCUGUGCUGACGCUAGCCUCCUGCUGUCUGAUCCUCUGCUGGAGAGAACGAGGAACGGCUGUGGUGACGCUGUCCUUCUGCUGUCUGAGCCUCUGCUGGAGAGAACGAGAAACUGCUGCGUUGACGCUGUCCUUCUGCUGUCUGAGCCUCUGCUGGAGAGAACGAGAAACUGCUGCGCUGACCCUAGCCUCCUGCUGUCUGAGCCCCUGCUGGAGAGAACGAGAAACUGCUGCACUGACACUAGCCUCCUGCUGUCUGGGCCUCUGCUGGAGAGAACGAGAAACUGCUGUGCUGACGCUAGCCCUCUACUGUCUGAGCCCCUGCUGGAGAGAACGAGAAACUGCUGUGCUGACGCUAGCCUUCUACUGUCUGAGCCCCUGCUGGAGAGAACGAGAAACUGCUGUGCUGACGCUAGCCUCCUGCUGUCUGGGCCUCUGCUGGAGAGAACGAGAAGCUGCUGUGCUGACGCUAGCCUCCUGCUGUCUGGGCCUCUGCUGGAGAGAACGAGAAACUGCUGUGCUGACGCUAGCCUUCUACUGUCUGAGCCCCUGCUGGAGAGAACGAGAAGCUGCUGUGCUGACACUAGCCUCCUGCUGUCUGGGCCUCUGCUGGAGAGAACGAGAAGCUGCUGUGCUGACGCUAGCCUCCUGCUGUCUGGGCCUCUGCUGGAGAGAACGAGAAACUGCUGCGCUGACGCUAGCCUCCUGCUGUCUGAGCCCCUGCUGGAGGGAACGAGAAGCUGCUGCGCUGACGCUUGCCUUCUGCUGUCUGAGCCUCUGCUGGAGAGAAUGA